GUGAGUGUCAGAUGCUGCACCAGGCAGGAGCAGAGAGGAAAAGUCGACCGUAGAGAACAGGACACGUGUCAAAGGAAUAUGAAGGAAUAUCUUUGUCUGCUUUGAGAACUGACAUUAUAACAGAUCAGAAUGGGAAACACAGAUAGUCAGUACAGCAGUUUCAUCAUCCCAGGUAAGGCCAAGUCUAGCUCCCUAAAACUGCACAACACUAAACAGGACGUCUUCUCCCCACACACUUGGUGGAGGAACUCUGAGGGCAACUCUGGAUACAAGGCCAAAAAUGGUUAUACACCACACAAGAAGAGUCAGCCUUACAUCUCCCACCAUUAUGCUGGCAUUAAGGGGGAAUAUAUUGACAAAAUAUGUGCAGAGAGCCACUCGGACUAUGACAACCUUUUAUUCCAGGGAAAUGGCUUCUUUGUAGGCUACAGACAGCAGACUGGCAGUAGUGGCCUCCAGGCUCCUAUAAGGAACACAGAUUCUGAGCUUUCUGACAGUAAGAGCAGCCCCAAAGUGCUUUUAGGUGAACAAGGAAGUCUGAUAGUGGGGUUUACCAAUGCACAGAGGGAGCUAGAUGUUGAAUUGUCAUUGGGCGGUCAUCCCAGUGGAUCUGUUGAUGCUACCCAGAGGGCCAGUAAUGGCAGCUCUCUCAGCUCUGAGGUCUCAUGGUAUGAUUCGCCUUGGGGGAAUGGUACAGAGCUCUGCGACAACGUCUUCACCACCGCCCAGCCUUCAGACCACAGAAGCGGAUAUACCAUGCUUUCGUCCACACGUACAGUGGACUUUGGAUGUUUCAAUGGCUACACAACAGAACAAACUGAGAAUCAUAUGGGUGGACACACCUACCAACCCAAAGAGCAAAAUAGUCAGUACACAAGCAACAAUUGCUAUGGUACCGGAUGCAACACCUACCACGCUGAGGAGGACAGUGGAAUUGGAGACUCAGUGCUCCAUCAUUUUGAACAGAAUGGGUUUGGCCUCAGUUCUGCUCAAGUCUCUAUUUCAGACCUCUUCACAAACCACAACAUGACAGCACCAUUCCCCACUGACGGAAUCCUAACCACAGACCAGCUCCAGGACACUGCUCAAUUCCAAUCCUCACUGAUCUCUUCCCUGGAUGCGAGCUGCCAAGAGGAGAUUCAGGAAACCCAGAAUUACACCUCACACACGCUGCCCUGCAGAAAAGCAGUUCCUGACAGGAACUCGAGGAAGGAUUCACUCAAGAGUCGCAUCCGCCGCCUCAGUGAUUGGACAGGAAAUCUGAGCAGGAAGAAGCGGAGGCUGCAGGAACCAAGUACUGUGGACUCCUCAGAAGGUUUCAGCUGUGGAGCUAGAAACACACUAGAAGAAUCCAGACCGGCUUGGAAUCCCAUCUCCUCCCAGACACAGUGGGACUGCUCUUGGUCCUCAAUGGGACCAUUUGGGCAGCAGACCCAGUAUGCGACCCUGAGGCAGAACAUCUAUGAGAACUUCAUGCAGGGGCUGGAGACGGGCAGCAGCAGUGGGACUGCUAAUGGACUCCAGGUCUGGGAGGGUGAGGGGGAACAAGGGGAGUGCAGCAGUGGCUCCAUGGGCUCCCUGGAGCAAAUGGACUUCAUGUUUGAGAAGGAGCAUGGUGUUGUGCGGAGGGCUGGAUGGUUGGCUUUUAAGCCCCUCAUUACCCUCCAAAAGGAUCACAAACUGGAGCUGGUAACAAGACACAAGUGGAAGCAGUAUUGGGUCACACUCAAAGGCUGCACACUCUUAUUGGGUGAAUCCAAUGGAAAGACCUUCCCAGAGCAGGAAUGCACACCACGUUAUGCAGUGCUUGCUGAGGACAGUAUUGUGCAGGCAGUCCCUGAGCACCCCAAGAAAGAGAAUGUCUUCUGCCUCAGCAACGCCUAUGGAGACGUCUAUCUCUUUCAGGCUGCAAACCAGACAGACCUGGAGAACUGGGUGACAGCCAUCCACUCAGCUAGUGCCUCACAUUUAGCAAAGUGUCAGGGAAAGGAAGACACCCUGCAUUUUCUAAAGAGCCAGAGCAGAAAUCUGCUACAGAAGAUCGACAUGGACGGCAAAAUGAAGAAGAUGGCAGAGCUGCAGCUGACUGUAAUCAAUGACCAGAAGAACAGGAAGGCCAUUGAGAUCCAGAUCCUGCAGUGGGAAAAGAACUUGGAGAAGUUUAACCUGGAGCUCUUCCGCAUGCGCUGUUACCUGGCCAGUCUGCAGGGAACCGAGCCGCCCAAUCCAAAGAGUCUGCUUGCCACCGCCGGGCGGCCAUCUAAAAUGGUGCUGGGCCGUCUGGGAAUAUUCUCGGUCUCAUCCUUUCAUGCGCUGAUAUGCACUCGUGACGAGGCUACGCUAAGGAGACGCUGCCGUUCUCAAUCUCGAGGUGCGCGGAACAAACGAGGACUCUUUUCCUCACAGAAGGGAUUGGACAGUCUGACCAAAUGCAACCGAGAGAAGAGACAGUCUUUGUCCCAGGUAUUUGAUGGAUAUUCUUCCGGAUCAUUUGGUCACCCAUUCACGCAAAGCAGCUCAGAGCAGAGGCUGGACCUCUUUGCCAAAUUGCAUUCCACAGCACCACCUGAAGGCCAUCUGUGGGACUGCAGCUUGGAGAGCCGUGUGUAUGUGCAGAUGCCAGACAGCCAUGUCAUCAGUGUGCCAGUCAAACAGGACUCUGUGGUUGCUGAUGUUCUCUCUUUGGCAUGCAAGGUAAAGCAGUUGGAUCCAACUCUGAACUGCCUCCACAUGAAGAGACAUUUGAGUCAAAAUGUGGAAAGAAUCACUCCAGCGCACACGGACCUGCUGAGAAACCUGGUCUAUGAUGAGCUCGAAAUUUGGCCUCUCAAUGUGUUCACCUUGAACAUGUCCCGUCCGGACACAACCAUAGACUUUGGUUUUGCAGUCACAGGUCAUGUGGAUGGCGCCAGGAGAAGUCGUGUCUAUGUGAGUGAGAUGAAUCCUAAAGGCCUGGCGUUCACUGAGGGUCUCAGGACAGGAGAUGAAAUCUUGGUUCUAAAUGGCGUAAGCGUGGCUUCUCUGGACCUCGGCUGCAUGCAGAGCUUCUUCUGUCAGCAGGAACUCUGUCUGGUCCUUAAACGUGAAGAUAACAAAGACGACCAAAGCUCUGUCUGGCCAGUCUGUGGGCUUAGUGACCCUGAUCACCCACCACCUCCUCAGUGCAUUGCCAUUCACCAGGAGCAGUUGAACACAGAUCCACCUCAAGUGCAGGAGGCUCCAGAGAGCUCUGUGGCGCCUGUGGUAGAGGAGCUGAAUGAUAAGGCAGAGCGGGGCAGAAAGAGUACAGAGAUGGUGUGUAACCUCUACCAGACAUUUCCUGAAGGGUCCACCCACGUGCCGGAGGGCCACAGGAACCCUUAUUCCGCUGACAGUCCCCUUGCCAGAUCCUCCCCACGUCACAUGUCUGUCACAGAGCGACUACACAUGGUUAUUCAAGAGCUGGUGGACACGGAGAAAUCCUACGUAAAGGAUCUUGGUUCUCUGUUUGAAAUCUACCUGAAGCCAUUACAACGAGAAACUUGCCUCAGUCACGAUGAGAUGGAGUCUCUGUUCGGCAGUCUGCCGGAGAUGCUGGACUUCCAGAGGGUUUUCCUGCAAACUCUAGAGGAGAGGAAAACCUCCUCACCAGACUACCAUACACUGGAAACCCCUGAGAAACUCAAGAACCUGCUCUUCUCCCUGGGCGGAUCAUUCUUGUACUAUGCAGAUCACUUUAAGCUUUACAGCGGCUUCUGUGCCAACCACAUCAAGGUGCAGAAAGUUCUAGAACGAGCUAAAACAGACCGGGCGUUCAAAGAGUUCCUGGAGGCGAGAAACCCCACCAAACAGCACUCGUCCACGCUGGAGUCAUACCUCAUUAAACCCGUGCAGAGAGUUCUGAAGUACCCUUUGCUGCUAAGAGAGCUGGUGUCUCUCACUGACCCCGACAGCGAAGAACACAACCACCUAAAUGAGGCGUUAAAGGCCAUGGAGAAGGUGGCUAGUCACAUUAAUGAAAUGCAGAAGAUCUGUGAGGAUUAUGGCACAGUUUUCGACCAGCUAGUGGCAGAGCAGAGCGGCGCUGAAAAGGAGGUCACAGAGAUUUCCAUGGGAGAGUUCAUCAUUCACAGCUCAGCACUCUGGCUAAACCCUCUGCCCUCAUUAGGCCGCAUGAGAAAAGACCCUGAACUCACCCUCUUCCUCUUCAAAAGAGCGCUCAUUGUGGUGUAUCGGGAGAGCAAACUAAAGAAAAGGAUGACGACGUCACGGCCCACGGAUCUCGAUUCUUUUAAAUUCCGCUGGCUCAUUCCCAUAUCAUCCCUACAGGUUCGACCUGGAAAUUCAACAGGGUCAGAAAACCCUUGUAUUUGGGAAGUGGUUCACACUAAGUCUGAAGUGGAGGGAAGACCAGAGAUGCUUUUUCAGCUCUGCAGCAGCAAUCUGGAGAACAAAGCCAAUGCAUUGAGGGCCAUCCGCAUUCUCUUGAGAGAGAAUGCCAAGCAGACUGCUCCAGUUGAGAGACGAUUCAAAGAUUCAAGUUCUAACUUCACCUUUCCCAGAAGGAGCCACCAAGGAGCACUAAGAACGAACUCCUGGCAGAGGAUUCCACCACAGUCAAAUGGGCCAAAAAUGGGUUCAUUAGACUCAGAUGAGAGCAAACUGCUUGAUGAUGCUCAUUCUGAACCUGCACUACCGAGCCAUUUACUCAGACCCUUUAGAGGGGAGAACUCUACUUUAAGCAAGAGAUCCACAUUGUGUUCCUUGACCAGCGCCUUGGAGGCCCAACUUCAGAGACUAAACUUUGUAGAAGAACCACAAGGAAUGAGCAAGAGAAGUGCCAGCUGCCUUCAGGGCAGUCAGGUGAUGUUGCUGGAUGACACUCCGGUUCUGGAGCUCAACACCCUGCUGUCCAGGGACUACAGGGUGCAGAGCCUGGGUUCGGUAGUUAACAAGGAUUGUUUUUACGACAUGGUAAUGGGCACCCAAAAAGCCACUGUCACCACCCUCUAGAGGAACUGGUGGUAUAAACAAUAGAGUGCACUACAACAUGACUAUUGUGCCUUGGAUUGGAAAACUCUCACAGUCUGUUUUAUCUCUGUGGCUCUGUCCAAAUCCUAGUGAGCUGCUAGCUAGACAGCAUUUUAACAUAGGCGCAUUCCAGACGCAAAUGCUGUGCUAACGCCUGUUGCACACAGCAUGACGACACAGCUCAUGAGCAGUGCUUAAGCAGCUCGUCAGGACAAUUCCGGCAGCUUGUGCUUUUACACCUGCAGCGUCUCUGCUGCAGAAACUGCUGCACUUUAUACAAAAAAUUCAGUUAUAAAAUCGUUAUCUGGAGUGAGCUAUUGAUAAGUAUUACAAACUUGAUCGUCAUGAAAUGUUAUUUACAUGAUGCUGGUUUAACGUAAUGUAGUCUCUUUAACAAUUCUUUCAUGUAGGGACAGCCAACACAAUAAGCUCUUCAAACAUCAUCAUUCAGUGGAAUUGGAGGACGAUGAGCCUUUGAAUAUUGUUUUGUACAACAGAGGACGGUUAGAUUACUCAGCUUGGCUCGAUUACUCUUAAUAAUAUAGCUUAAUAAUAUAGUUAGAAAUAAGUAAUUAGGUACAACUGUUAAAUAGCGAUAUUAUAAAAAAAAAAUUUCAAACACCAUCUUUUUGAUAUUGAGUACUUUCUUCACAAAAAAAGACACCAAGGUCUAGUGUUGACUUACCAUCUGCACUAACUUUACCUGCACAGAACAACACUUAUGUUUGUCUCCCACGGAUGCAUUGAAUGUGCAGUGAUGUGAUAGAUGUUAUGUCUGACACGAGCCCACGAAUGCAUUGCAAGAGAUUUGAAGAAUGUGAGCUGCUCUCUGAAGGCGAUGUAUUUGGACACAAGCAGGUAGGAGAAAUGCAUAAUACCAUAAAAACUGCGAUUGAGAGCCUUAAAGAUGCAAAUUAUACAUCAUUCCAAGCGGUUCACUUCCGCAAUUUGGUACGAUUGCGUUCAUAUCAGUAGCAAACUUACCAGAGUACACAUGAACCAUACCCCAGACCACCUUUUCAAGCGGAUUCAAGUCAUCCAAAUGAACCGAACCCGGGUGCGGGUGAAAAUAUAAGUUCAGCAUCUCGCACUGCAGCAUUGCGUUCUUAUGAUGCAGUUUCAAGUUAAAACAAUUUAACUUUUAAAAACAUGACUAGGGACACUUGCAUUUUCUUCCAUUCAUUGCACUGCAUCUAACUUUUUUUAACGCAAGUGUUUGGUGUUUUUUCAGCGUCCGCGCAGGAACGCUGUGUUUUUAUGUCACAGUGUCAAGUUAAAAGAACUUAAACUUUUAAAAAUGCAUCUAGGGACACCUGCAUUCUUUUCUAUUCAUUGUGCUUCAUCUAGCUUUUUUAACACAAGAACGCAUUAGGUGUGAACACUGUUUUUUCAAUGUCUCGCACAGGAGCGGCGCGUUUUUAUGACACAGUGUCCAGUUAAAAGAACUUAAACUUUUAAAAAUGCAUCUAGAGACACCUACAUUCCCUUCCAUACGUUGCACUGCUAUGCUUACCUUUUUUUUCACCUCUUUCACAUCUGGUUUGCGUCAGAGAUCUGUUGGUGUUUAUUUUGUAAAUAAUGACAGUAUGACUGCUCAUUAUCCAGCUUAUUACAAGACUACUUGCCAAAUAAAUAAAUAAAUGGACGUGAAACAUUGAUUUGAGUUUCAAUUAUUUGAUUAGCUUACUUGUAAAGAUCGCACAGUAAUCUGAGAGGUAUGAAAGAUGACAAUUGUCUCGUACUGAACUUGUAUGUUUCUCAGAGUAGUGCUAUUUGUGGAGUUGCUACCAUUUGAAGUGUGAUCAAAACCUGUUACUUAUGAGAUUUCAUUUGAGUUAGGAUGAUACGUUAGGGGCAGUUCAAACGGGACGCAUUCUCACAGGUGCCUAUAAAUACGCUUUCUGUUAUAUUCCAUUUCACUCCAUCUCACUAUUUUUAAAUGCAAGAACUCAUCCAGUGUGAAUGGCCUUUUUGAAUAUAGUUGCCUUUGUAGUCAUUAAGAAGCAAAGCAGCUCACUACUAGGGUUUGGAACAGGGCUGCUAUAUGGAUAUAGAACAACAAAUCACUCUGAAACAGUUUGUCUAACCACAACAUUCCAUAUGGACUGACACAUGUACUGUCAGUACAUGAGCAAAGACUGUUUUACUGUAUGUGAAUACUGUAGCUUUACGUUUGUAUUGCUUAUUUGACAAAGGCUUUUCUCAGCUCAGUACUGAAAUGGCUUAAUUUCACUAAACUGGGCAAGUUUUCAUAAAUCUGAA